ACCUGAACUCGCCACCUGGGCUCAAUUGCCUCGCGGCAUUUCCCUGAUUCCGUUUUAGUUUUUCGGUCCGUCGCCCCGGACGGAGCCGACCGGCCGGCGGUGUCUGGUAGCCGGGAGGAUCUUCUUACUCGCCGGGAGCUUUGGGGCGGCGAAGGGUCGGUCCUCCGAGAAAGCCACGAUCCGGAGCCUUCCCCAAGUCGGGACAGAGAGGUGGUGGUGGGAAACCCCCGAGGAGAAAGGGAACGGAGUUUAGACUUAUUUUCGGGCCAGGAGGAUCAGCGCGUCGUUCAUCAAUGUGUCAAGCUCAGGAAAGCCCGGCUCCGACGUUUUUCAUUAAUCUUCCCGAGAAUCUUCCUCGACGUUUUGUAAAUAAAUAAAUACACACGCGCGCGGGAGAGAGCCGCGCCCGAAAUCUUUGGAGGCUUAUUUAUUCACAUCGUUUAUGGGACCCAGGCCAGAGGGGCCAACCCGGCGGGGAGUUUAAGUUAUUAUUUGUAGUCUGAUGAAAGCGAACGAGCGGGAGAGAGGGGGGAAGAGCUAGAGAUUGAUUGCAGUGUUGUUGUUGUUGUUAUUUUCGACGUUCAUGGAAAUCUCAGCGGGAAAAGGGAAGGAAAAACAAAAACUUUCAGGGGGGCUGCGCUUUCAGAUCUCUUUGUCCCUUCGCCCUCCCCUGCGCCUAGUUUGCUGCUCCGAGGUCUCCGCGUCCCGAGCCAGGAGAGAUACUUCUAGAGCUCCGUCCCUAACACGGCCUGUCCUUUCUUUUCUCCUUCUCGCUCUCCCCCUCCUCCACGCCACCUUAAUGUCCCUCCUGAAUCGUCUCUCCCGCCUCCGUCCCCUGUCCGCCCGGGCUUCCUCCAGGUGUUUUGGUACCAAAUGUGCGGGAUGCGCUCAGGGCAUCUCCCCCAGCGACCUGGUGCGGAGGGCGCGGAGCAAAGUUUUCCACCUGAACUGCUUCACCUGCAUGAUGUGCAACAAACAGCUCUCCACCGGGGAGGAACUCUACAUCAUCGACGAAAACAAGUUCGUCUGCAAAGAGGAUUACCUAAGUAACAGCAGCGCCGCCAAAGAGAACAGCCUCCACUCGGCCACCACGGGCAGUGACCCCAGUUUGUCUCCGGAUUCUCAAGAUCCCUCCCAAGACGAUGCCAAGGACUCCGAGAGUGCCAACGUAUCGGACAAGGAGGCGGGCAGCAACGAGAACGACGACCAGAACCUGGGAGCCAAGCGGCGCGGCCCGAGGACCACCAUCAAGGCCAAGCAGCUGGAGACCCUCAAGGCCGCCUUCGCCGCCACCCCCAAACCCACGCGGCACAUCCGGGAGCAGCUGGCACAGGAGACCGGGCUCAACAUGCGGGUCAUCCAGGUUUGGUUCCAGAACCGUCGCUCCAAGGAGAGGCGGAUGAAGCAGCUGAGCGCCCUGGGAGCCCGGCGCCACGCUUUCUUCCGCAGCCCUCGCAGGAUGCGGCCGCUCGUGGAUCGGCUGGAGCCGGGAGAGCUCAUUCCCAACGGACCCUUCUCCUUCUACGGAGACUACCAGAGCGAGUAUUACGGGCCCGGGGGCAACUACGACUUCUUCCCGCAAGGCCCCCCGUCGUCGCAGGCGCAGACCCCCGUGGACCUCCCCUUCGUGCCGUCUUCGGGCCCCUCGGGGACCCCCCUGGGCGGGCUGGAGCCCCCCCUGCCCGGACACCACCCACCGGGCGAGGCCCAGCGCUUCCCCGACCUCCUGGCCCACCCGCCGGGGGACUCGCCCAGCCCGGAGCCCAGCUUGCCCGGCUCCCUGCACUCCAUGGCGGCCGAGGUCUUCGGGCCCAGCCCGCCCUUCUCCUCGCUGUCCGUCAACGGCGGGGGCAGCUACGGGGGCCACCUGGCCCACCCCCCCGAAAUCAGCGAGGCGGCCGUCUGGUAGCCCCCGGGCCCCCAGGACCGGCCGUUCCGCCGUUGUACAGAGAGACCAGUCCUUGUGAAAACGCCCCCCACCCGCCCCCCUCGGCCUCUUCU